AUGAGCUCGCCAGGGAUCCUAGAGAGGUGGCAUUUUGCCUCUCAGGCGAGGUGCAGCCGUUGCUGCGCGGCUGUGGCGGCGAGGAUGGCUAGAGAUAGGUGCGCCGCACGGAUUACGCCUAGAUCCUGUGGUUCAGGAGGUUCGACUCGAUUGACUGGCCCGCACCUGAAGGAACUCGAUUUCUCGCGCAAUUCUCGCGGACGGAAACCCUUGACUAUGGCUGCUCGCUGCUGCUCGUGGGAAAUAACGGUGGCCGGUGGUACGCACGCGACGGAUUUCGGCUGUCGUCCGCUUGCUCGAGUGGCUGACGUUGGUGGCGGCUCGCGGUUGAUGUGGCGGAUGGCUUGUUCUAAUGCACUCGUUACUCAUGAUAUGUGCGGGCAUCUUCGGUGGAUGGGCAUCUUGCGAUGGGCUGCUGUGCGUCGGCCUCACGGCACGACUAUUCGUGGAGAUGUUUCCGGCUCCUUGGUCGCUUAUCGGAGGUGGGUCUCGGCUGCUGAUGCGUGGCCUCGACGGCAUUCUCAGUUCGCUGUGGCUGAACGUGGAGGAUCUCAGCGAUGGUUGGCGGCUACGGAUGGCUUGGUGACAGCAGCGUACGACAGGGCUCGUCGGCAUAGGGGAGUUUCGAUCGAGGGCUGUCAUUGGCGGGUUCGGGCCGAUGGCUCGACUCACAUGCCGAGAGGAAAGCUUCAUAAAGCAAUAAGAUCAUUUGGAAUUCUUUUCAAGGAUGUAUCUGGACAAGUAAUUGGACGGUACUCUUUCUUGGUCAAGGCGGAUGACAAGGAGAAUAUGAAAUUGAUGUCUUUCCUAAGAGGGAGUCAAGUGAUUAAAUAA